AUUCGAUUCGUGAACGGCGUACGCGAUGCAUGUCCCGACCUAAAAUUCUAUAUUUAUUGUGUAAACAUUGUGUAAACUCGAUAAGAUACAAGCGUUGUGUGUGUUACAGUGUGAAACAUCACUGAAUUUUGUUUUGUUUUUCGGUGCGUGUGUUGCGUUAGAAUGGAACAGACGCCAUUACUGUCACAGACAUUGAAAUCGUCGGUGCUGCACUCGAUCAGCUACGGUAUCAAUUCCGAGCGCGCUGGGAGAAUAAUCCCGCCUGAAGAGCGCAUUACAUACACAUGGAGCGAUCUGAAUGUGUUUACCGAAGAUAAUUUCAAGUCUAAGACGAGAAAUCCGUUCAAACGCCCACAGAUUGUUCAUAAACAUAUUUUAAAACAUGUUACGGGUGUUGCACGUCCGGGUGAAUUGUUAGCCAUUUUGGGAUCCAGCGGCGCAGGGAAAACUACUCUGUUGAAUGCGUUGACGUUUAGAAAUCAAAACAAUACGGUUUUGACCGGUGUACGCAGCUCGAAUGGAAUACCACUCACACAAUCAACAUUAACAGCGCAAAGUUCUUAUGUACAACAGGAUGAUUUAUUCUAUCCACAUUUGACUGUCCGUGAACAUUUAGUCUUCCAUGCUAUGGUGCGCAUGGAUAGAAACAUACCGGAAUCUCAACGAAUUAAACGUGUUAAUGAAGUUUUAACAGAGUUGAGUUUAAAAAAAUGUGAAAACAAUCUGAUAACUUCCCUGAGCGGCGGAGAAAAACGACUUGCGUUUGCAGCGGAAGUACUCACUGACCCUGCACUGAUGUUCUGUGACGAGCCUACUUCCGGUUUGGAUUCAUUUAUGGCUUUGAAUGUUGUACAAGUUCUCAAAACUUUAGCGCAAAGUGGCCGUACUGUUAUUUCAACUAUCCAUCAACCUUCUUCAGAGAUUUACGCAUUAUUUGAUAAGGUUAUCUUCUUAUCCGAAGGGAGGAUUGCUUUCCAGGGCACACCCGAUGAAGCAGACAUCUUUUUUUCCAGUAUAAAAGCGCCAUGUCCGCAUAAUUACAACCCGGCUGAUUAUUACAUUGAAUUAUUGGCGAUUGUUCCCGGUGAGGAAGAAUCCUGUCGACAGGCAGUUAAUAUGAUUUGUUCAGCGUACAAUAAAAGUGAAUUCGGGGAGAAAAUCAAAGUUACCACAGCAAAUAUCAUGAGUAAAAUGGAAUUAAGUUAUAAUGACUUCUGGACUGUUGAACCAGCAGGAUGUGUUUAUAAAAAUUCAUGGUGGACGCAGUUUAGGGCCGUUUUUUGGCGAAGUUGGAUCACUAUCAUGAAGGAACCAUUGUUAAUUAAAGUCAGACUACUUCAAACAAUCAUGAUUUCAAUAUUAAUCGGUGUAAUUUACUUCGAUCAGCAACUAAAUCAAAAUGGCGUCAUGAAUAUCAAUGGCUGCAUGUUUAUCUUCCUCACAACGAUGACAUUCCAGAAUAUCUACGCUGUUGUCAAUUUAUUCUGCAGUGAAUUCCCCAUUUUUCUUCGUGAACACACCAAUGGCAUGUAUCGCACUGAUGUGUACUUCCUGUGCAAGACAAUCGCUGAAAUACCAUUGUUUACUGUACUUCCGGUUGUCUACAUAAGCGUGUGUUACUAUAUGAUUGGUUUAAACCCGGAUGUUACUAGAUUUUUCACUGCGAUGGCCAUAUUGGUUUUGGUAGCGCAUGUAGUGCUUGGUUUUGGUUAUUUAAUAUCAUGUGCAACGACGAGUGUGUCAAUGGCGAUGAGUGUUGGUCCGCCAUUGAUCAUUCCGUUCUUAUUGUUUGGUGGAUUCUUUUUAAACAUCAGUUCAAUCCCUAUAUAUUUCAAGUGGUUAUCGUAUUUUUCAUGGUUUCGUUAUGCGUUUGAAGCUUUGAUGAUCAAUCAAUGGUCGGGAAUCACAGAAAUCACUUGUGGGGAGGAUGCUUUGAGUUGUCCGAGUAGUGGCGCUGUUGUUCUCGAGAUAUACAACUUUUCACAGAAAAAUUUAAUGGUUGAUAUUACUAUGUUGGUUUUACUUGUGGUGUUGUUUCGUUCAAUGGCGUAUGUGUGUCUCGUGUUGCGCACGCUCAGAUAACCGCCAUUUUUUAUUUGUACACUUUCUGUACUUCUACGAGUAUUAAUUUACCCGUUGCAUCGUAUGAAAUUACACCUGCUUCCCUACAAGUGCAAUAAUCCACACCCAACAUGAUUUGAAUACAUAGACUCAUGUGAAAGCUGAAGUAGAAGUUUAGUUUGUUGUUUACUUGCAUACCAGCGACGUGUGUGCUAGAUUGAAGAAAAUAAACAAAGAAAAUCGUA